CAGUACAUCGGGCAGGGCAGAGACAACCAGGGCCUGACGCAUAAGGGAUACAGGGUAGAGCGAGUGUUCCACAUCCAAGACCGCAGCCUCUGGUUACCCUUCGCUGUCCAGCGCAAGAAUGCCAGCCGAUGGAUCAUGGAGUCGAGGAGGAGCCGUCCUAAGACCAAGGUGAGUACAUGGCGAGACUGGAUGAAGCGCGAGCUGCUCCAAGACAAGACGAGCAACGAGGUCUUUCUCUUCCACGGCACUCGGCAGAACGUGGUUGACGCUAUCCUGUCCUGCGGGCUCGACGAACGAGUCUGCAGCAUGGGAGGCUUGUUCGGAGCUGGCAUCUACCUCGCCGAGAACUCCAGCAAGAGCGACGAGUACUGCGUGCCGGAUGCCCGAGGCAUCUGCUCCAUGUUCCUCGUCCGGGCAGUGCUGGGCAUGCCUUAUGAAGCCGAGCAUCCGAUGCCCAACACAAGGCUUCCUCCUGCGAGCGCGGACUCCCGUCCUCACGACUCGGUCAUAGGAGUCACCCGCAGCACUCACCCGUCCGCCUUCCUGCACAAGUACCGAGAGUUCAUCGUCUACGACAGGCGGCAGACGUACCCCGAGUUUCUGAUCGAGUUUAGGAGAGUGUGAGGCAGGGAUGAGACUCGUGGUGGGGUGAAGGGGCCCGGACAGCUUGCGCGAGGUAACAACAGGGAGCCAAGGGGCUACGAUAAGUUGUUUGAUUGUAAUCGACAUGUUACCUACUGUG